CCAUUAUAUAUAGAUCUGGGCUGAGUCAACCUAGAGGUUCGAGGGGCUGGAGUGGAGAACAGACUCAAACACCAUAUUCAGCACUUACCAGGCGAGCUGGAGAGCUAUUGACUGUCAUCUGAUACACACACCCGCGCGCAUCAGCUCACCAUGGAGCUAACAAGACUUGUGGCUCUGGCUGUCGUUCUGUCUCGGGGACUGUCCUCACCUGUGGUCAUCCCCGAGUCGCAGGCAGACGGGCCUCUGUUCUUCAACCAUCUCCGCAGGGAUGCCGUGUCGGAACCGGAAGGAGUCACAAAUGUCCAAGGAGCCCAGGGCGCUGUCUGGCCAAGGCGUCCAGCCAGGGAGUGCACAACGACCAUUUCUGAAUCGGGGGUUAAUCCAUGCAUAACCCUUAAUGAGAUCCAGACGAUUCACCCAUCAACAAGCACUCUUUAUACGCACGUCGAUUGCAACGGAUGUUCCGACGUCUACGUGAAGAAGGAGAUAUAUUACUGCCCUCUGAUGACGGAAACCAGACAGACGACAGUCCUCACGCCCGCAACGACGGUGUCCACGGUGUGCGCGCCGUCGACAGCCCUGGACGCGAGGGAUCCAGCAUUUACCGGCGCAGGCUUCCACGCCGCGGCUAGCCCGUCGCGACCGGCGCCUGCUCAUCCCGCCACCAUCACGUCCGUCCCGACCGGGAGCGCAACCACCACCACCAAUCCCAGGGCAAGACCGAGGCGCGGGCCGGGGAAGAAGGACGCCCGGGACGGCCUCGACGAUGUGGCGUCGUGCCCGACGACUUUCGUGGUACAGCCGCCGCAGAGCGCGGGCAGCAUGACGACGCAGUACGAGCAGUGGGCCACGUCUACGGUCGAGCUCGACUGUGGGGGCUGCCCGCUAGUGAUCAGCACGGCGCUGGCGGGGUACGGCCCCGCGGGGAGAUUUACGGAAACGCUCACUGUGCCGGUUGGGACGACGACGGUGUAUGCUUGCCAAUGAGGCGGGUUCGAGGUUCGGCAUCGGUUGUUUAUUUGUUGCUUUGAUUGCCGAUGCGUCAACGUGGAAAGGAAAGAUGUGGGCAUGCUGGGUGGGGGGGAAAGGAUGCGGAUACCCGGAUAGCUUGAGAAAAAAGGGGGUGACAUGGAAAUGGGGUUGUUUCUCUUGUCUGAUCUCCAUUGCUGGGAGUUGGCACAAAAUCUAUGGCGUCUACGUGGUCUUGCACUUGGGAGUGAGGAACAUGGGGGUUCUGUCUUGAGCCAGGUGAUGGUGUUGCGGGGUCUCGUGUCAAAUCUCCCCAUUUCCCAAUAAAAUAGUGUAACAGAUAU